CGUUUUUAUUUUUAUUGGUGUUUGUCACGCCUUUAUUUCUUUGUCAUGUACCGUUUGAUCAGCGUCGCUCGACAAGGAGCCCAAUGUGCUGUUAGAGCCCACAGUGCUUCACUGCGAGCCGCUAUUCCCAACCAUGUGCUUCGUUCCGGCUUUCACCAUCUCGGCAGUCAGCGCGCAUCCGCCUCGGAUCACUGGCCACAAGCCAAAUCACACCCUCUUGUGGAUAAACUGCGCCAACAUCCUCACAUUAUGCAGCAGCUGAUUGACUUUACCGCCCUUUUGCAAGAGAAAGGGUUUGAUGUUUCCGGUAAACAACCAAGCAUGAUGCAGAUCAUGAAAGUCAUGAAUGAUGCCGAGAUCAGAGAACGUGUCAAGAAGCUUGCACAGGAUAUGCAGGCUGCCGGAAUUCAAUUGGAUAUGCAAGCGAUUGCAGAACUACAGAAUAGUCUAGGACAGCAUCAAGGCUCCGGCGAGUCUGAUGAGCAAAGCGAAGGAAAAAAGAGCCCAGUAAUGGACAAGGUGAAAGGUUUCUUCAAGAAAUAAAAGAAAAAAAAGGGAAAUUUGGGUAGAUACGCACAAUGGCCGAAAGUUGUAAUGUCUAUUGAUUUUAUUCUUUUGAUU